AAGUUUUUUUUAUUUAGAAGGUGAGUUACACAUAGUAAAAAAAGUUUUAAGCAAUUUCAUGACACGGGAACAGAUAGAAUUAUUAACAUGAUUUAAAACAAUCAAUGUAAUGCAUCAUAUAUUAUGUGGCAUGGGGAAGAAACAUUCAAAGCCUAAAAAACAAAAAAAUUGUGCUGACAACAACCAAGAUCUGAACGAAUCAUUGUGUCAACGCAUUCACAAAAACCCAAUUUUCUGCAUAGAUAUUUAUGGAAAUAAUUUGUUCAGUGGUAACAGUAUUGGGGAGCUGCACAACUUUUCUUUGACAAACAAGCAGUUACAAGCUAAAUUGGCGAUUCACGAAAGAGACAUAACAAAGAUUGUCGCAAACAAAGAUGCUUCAACUGUGUUUACAGCUUCAAGAGACAAACUCAUAAAACAAACAGAUUUAAUAACUAAGACAAUUAUAAACACAUUUGAUGGUCAUGAUUUGGUUGUUACUGGCUUAUCUGGUAAUGCAAAUAAGACAAAGUUGUCUUCCGGUUCCAGAGAUUGUUGCAUGAAACUUUGGGAUGUAGAAACAGAGAAGAAUCUGAGUACAUGCCAUAUAAAUCGAAACAUUGUAACUGAUAUGAAAUGGGCAGAUAAUCAAGAUAUCAUUGUUCAAUGCUCCGAAGACAAAAUUAUGAAAUUAUGGGAUGCAAAGAAUUUAAAAAAUACUUCCACAUUUCCAUUGAAACAAUACUUUCAGACUUGCUGUGAUUUCGAUGGUGAGAAGUUUCAGGUGCUAACAGGAAGCACUGGUGGUAAUGGAAACGGCUGUGAAGUGAUUUUAUGGGAUAUACGCGAGAUAAAACCAAUUCAAGGUAUAAAGGGUCAUACUGAUCGAAUCACAGACUGUAAAUUCUUUAAAAAUAAUCAUGAUCGCCCAAGUGCAAUCUCGGUUUCAAACGAUUGCUCUGUGAAGAUCUGGGAUCUAGUGUCCUAUAAAUGUAUACAUACCACAUUCAUUACUGGUGCAAAAGGACUUACAUCUGUAGCUGUAGAAAACAACACUGUUUGUGUUGGUACACACGAAGAUGGGAUACACGUGUAUAAUUUUGACGCAGACCAGCAAAAACUACAGCAUGCUUACUGCAUGUAACUUUAGACUGUGUUUAUUAGGUAUAUUAGGUAUAUUAAUAUUACACGCAUUAUUUAUUCACUUUUUAAGACAAUUUAUUAUAGCUUUUGACUAUUUGAGCUGGAAUGUAGUUGUUAUAGAUUAUAAAGCUCAUGUUUAUAUCAGGACAUAAUCAUAUCAUGUUGUGUAUAUAUAAUUAUUAUCAUUAUUAAUAUUUAUUAGCUGCACAAAUAUAAAGAAUUUAUUUUGUAAAUAGGAAUGCUUUAAAAUGAAAAUUUUAGCGAGUUUAUUUUUGCGAUGUUUACAUUGCGAUAAUAAUGCGCUUAACUUGCACUGUACUGUAACACUUGCAAAAGAAAUGUUAUGUUUUAAUUGCUACAACAACAAAUUUACCAUUUUUGACAUUAAUACAUGAUGUCAAUAAUAAUUAUAAUUACUGAAAUCAUUGCGUUGCAACUGUUGGGAUAAUUAACUCAAACAUGGAUAAGAAAGACUGCCCUUUUCUCUAUAAUGUAUAACCAGGUGGAUCCUGUACCAGCCGAAACAACAGUUAAAACAACAGCACAUUAAAAAACCGUAUAAACUAAAAAACAAUUUUAUGUUGGGUUUUUUCAAUAAUUUGUUAGGUAAGAUAUAGAAGACUUAAUUUUUUUCUGUCAUAACAAAAUGAGCAAAUAUUUAUUUCUGUUAUUGAAACAAAAGUGGAAUUUUUGUACGUUUUGUCAGAUCUGAGUGGAAAAAAUUAAACCUUUUUCAAAAAACACUUUUAACAUAGAUUUUUACAAUAGCAAAUACAUAUUCUCAUCUAGUUAUACUUGUCUUUUAAAUAUUUAAAUCAAAGUAGUGCCAAACUUAACUGCCAAGCUGUGCCAAGUUCAAAAUUCUAUGGGAUGGAUAAAAUUAACAUUUUCACUAAGUACGAGAUCCAAAAUAACCUGAAAAUAGAGUUAAAAUGAUAGUUUUGUAUAAUUUUUUUCUUCCCCUAUCUCAUUGGAAAAGCUUUUAAAGCUGUUAAGAGACCACUUAAGCUUUCUAUGUACAUAAUUAAUAACAUUAUGUAUGUACUUGCAGAAAUAAUGUUCUUUAAAUAUAACAGUGAAAUAAUCCUCAAUUUAUUCAAUUGCUUUGUAAUAACAUCUGUAGCCAAUAUUUUAAAUUAUUUUCACAAAUUGUUCAUUCACGUUGGUUUUAUUAGGUUUCUAUCACAAUUAUAACCAUAUCACAAUAUAUAGAACAUGUAUUAGUUUAAUUAUAGCUAGGUACCAAAUGUUACAAAUAUAGCAUUUAAAGUGUCAUAUUUUUAGUUUUUAAUUAUUAUGUGUGUGUAUAGGUCUCACAAGGGUGUACCCUACAAAUUUAUGUCUGAUUGUCUAAGAAUGUUGUUAUUACAAUUAAUGAGUUUUUGUUUUUGUGUGUAUUUUUACUAUGAUUGCAAGCCCUCAAAGCUGGUAUUUGUUUUACUGUAGGAUAGGACUAUAUAUAGAUUUAAACAACAUUUGUAGGUAUAAAUUUAGUAUAAUUAAGUUUUAUGUUUUGUUUGCCAUUUCUUUAUGCUAACUUUCAGUAAUAUUUUUAACUAACUUAUUUUGCCAGCCUAGAGCUUGUAUAUUGUGAAAUACAAAAAUGAAAAAAGCAAAUAAUUUUUCA